GUCGGCGCUGGUCCAUCGGGACUCGUGCUCGCUCUGUCGUUGCUCAAGAACGGCGUCUCCGUGCGUAUCAUCGAGAAAGAUGCCGAGCACCACCGUGGCGAACGUGGCCCUGGAAUCAUGGUGUGCAACACCUUGCUUUGCACGAGACUGCGAUCGCUCAUCGUUGUCAGCCUCGUACGCUUGAGAUCGAGCACUUCCUCGGCGUCGCCGACGACGUCAAGAAGGUGGCAGCGCCCCCGUUGA